AUUGAUUGCAUCUCGGGGCUGCUGCUGAGGCGGCCGAGCGCCAGCGCUGGGGCUUUGCAGGCUGCGGGGCUGCAGUUUGCGGGGAGGACUGGAGGAUGUGCGGCUUGAAUCCAACGUCAGAUCAAGUUUGAUCAAUAACCCCAUCCCGGCCCAACUGGAGGAGCCUCUCUGACGGGGAGGGGGGCGAUCGUUUGCUCGUCUCUACCCACCAUCUUUGGGGGGAGUCCCCGCUUUUGGGGGAGGUCUGCGCGUGUGGGGAGCAGUCCAGGCGCCCUUCCCGGUUGGGGUGAAGAGAAAGAAGGGAGCUUGCAACAACCAGCAUUAUUCUUAUUUAUCGCCUCUCCAGUUGCGCCCAUGCUUGUUCUGUCAGUUUCGUUUUAGGAACUGAAUUGCAGGGGUUGAAGAAAAUGGGGCAACCCGUGCCUCAGACUCUCCUGCUUUUGGUGGCGGGGCUUUUGGGGGAGUCUUUGGGAGGAUUUCCCAACACCAUCAGCAUAGGUGGACUUUUCAUGAGAAAUACUGUUCAGGAGCACAGUGCAUUUCGAUUUGCUGUGCAGUUAUACAACACAAACCAAAAUAUCACGGAAAAGCCCUUCCAUCUGAACUAUCAUGUAGAUCAUUUGGACUCCUCCAACAGUUUUUCAGUGACUAAUGCUUUUUGUUCACAGUUUUCUAGAGGAGUUUAUGCCAUCUUUGGAUUCUAUGACCAGAUGUCCAUGAACACACUGACAUCAUUUUGUGGAGCUCUGCACACGUCCUUUGUCACACCCAGCUUCCCAACAGAUGCAGAUGUGCAGUUUGUCAUUCAGAUGCGGCCAGCAUUAAAAGGAGCCAUCCUGAGCCUUCUGACUCAUUACAAAUGGGAAAAGUUUGUAUACCUCUACGAUACAGAAAGAGGAUUUUCCAUUCUUCAGGCAAUUAUGGAAGCAGCAGUACAAAACAACUGGCAAGUGACAGCCAGAUCUGUGGGAAGUAUAAAGGACGUUCAGGAAUUUAGGAGAAUCAUAGAGGAAAUGGACAGACGACAGGAAAAAAGAUACUUAAUCGACUGUGAAGUAGACAGAAUAAACACAAUUUUGGAACAGGUUGUAACCUUGAGAAAAAAAAAGGGUAGCUGA